CUGGGAUACUACACCGUCUGAGUCUGGGGUAGAAAAUUAGCCGGGUCGGCGCCACCUUCCUUCAUUUUGCCGUCUCGCAGUCCGCAAAAUUCGCGAUAAAAUGUCGAAAAGACACCGACUGGACGUGGGAGACUCCCACAGUAAAAGGCACAGAGAGUCGGGAUACAGCAACAGUUCCAGUGGAAGCAAAAGUUCCAACUCGGUCAUCAGCAUGCCCAAACCAAACACCGUCCCGACCAUCAACCCCUUCACGGGGAUGCCGUACACAGCACGCUUCCACGACAUCCUGAAGAAGCGCAUGGCGCUGCCCGUGGUGGAGUACAAGGACAAGUUCAUGGAGAUGAUGCGGGGACAGCAGAUCAUUGUGUUGGUGGGGGAGACAGGGUCAGGCAAAACUACACAGGUUCCUCAGUGGUGUUUGGAGUACGUCCGUGCGUAUAACCCGAAGCGGGGCGUGUCCUGCACCCAGCCGCGCCGAGUGGCCGCCAUGUCCGUGGCGCAGCGUGUGGCGGAUGAAAUGGACGUGAUCCUGGGACAGGAGGUCGGGUACUCCAUCAGGUUCGAGGACUGCUCCAGUGCAAAGACCAUCCUCAAGUACAUGACAGACGGUAUGCUGCUGCGUGAAGCCAUGGCGGAUCCGUUGUUGGAGCGGUACGGGGUGAUCCUACUGGACGAGGCCCACGAGCGUACGCUGGCCACGGACAUCCUGAUGGGACUGCUGAAGGAAGUGGUGAGACAGAGGGGAGACCUGAAGAUUGUGGUCAUGAGUGCUACGUUAGAUGCAGGCAAGUUCCAGGGCUAUUUCGACAACGCUCCGCUCAUGAGUGUUCCUGGCCGCACGCAUCCUGUAGAGAUCUUCUACACCCCUGAGCCUGAGAGGGACUACCUGGAGGCUGCCAUCAGAACAGUCAUACAGAUCCACAUGUGUGAAGAAACAGAAGGAGACAUACUUCUCUUCCUCACAGGGCAAGAGGAAAUUGAAGAGGCGUGCAAACGGAUGAAACGUGAAGUUGACAAUCUGGGGCCAGAGGUCGGGGAGAUGAAGGUCAUCCCCCUGUACUCCACCCUCCCGCCCAACCUGCAGCAGCGGAUCUUUGAGUCCGCCCCGCCCAACAAACCCAACGGCGCCAUCGGGCGCAAGGUGGUCGUCUCCACCAACAUUGCGGAGACAUCCCUCACCAUCGACGGUGUGGUGUUCGUGAUAGACCCUGGGUUUGCCAAACAGAAGGUGUAUAACCCGAGGAUUCGAGUGGAAUCGUUGCUGGUGACGGCCAUCAGUAAGGCGAGUGCAGCUCAGCGUGCGGGCCGCGCCGGUCGUACCAGACCGGGGAAGUGUUUCCGUCUCUACACGGAGAAGGCGUACAAACAGGAGAUGCAGGAUCAGACCUACCCUGAGAUCCUCAGGUCUAACCUGGGCUCCGUGGUGCUGCAGCUCAAGAAGCUGGGCAUCGACGAUCUCGUGCACUUUGACUUCAUGGAUCCCCCUGCUCCUGAGACAUUGAUGAGAGCGCUGGAACUCCUGAACUAUCUGGCCGCGUUGGACGACGACGGAGAGCUGACGGAGCUGGGUUCCAUGAUGGCGGAGUUCCCCUUGGAUCCGCAGCUUGCCAAGAUGGUCAUCGCGUCGUGCGACCACAACUGUUCCAACGAAAUCCUCUCCGUCACAGCCAUGCUAUCAGUCCCACAGUGUUUUGUGCGGCCCAACGAGGCGAAGAAAGCUGCGGACGAGGCCAAGAUGCGGUUCGCUCACAUCGACGGAGACCACCUGACGCUGCUUAACGUCUACCAUGCCUUCAAACAGAACCAUGAGGACACCCAGUGGUGCUAUGAUAACUUCAUCAACUUCCGCUCGCUCAAGUCAGCGGACAACGUACGCCAGCAGCUGGUCCGGAUCAUGGAACGCUUCAACUUGAGGCGUACCAGCACGGAGUUCACGUCCCGCGACUAUUACAUCAACAUUCGCAAGGCUCUGGUGUCGGGCUUCUUCAUGCAGAUUGCCCACCUGGAGAGAACCGGUCACUACCUGACGGUCAAGGACAACCAGGUGGUGCAGCUGCACCCGUCCACCUGUCUGGACCACAAGCCGGAAUGGGUGCUGUACAACGAGUUUGUGCUGACAACCAAGAACUACAUCAGGACAGUGACAGACAUCAAGCCUGAGUGGUUAAUAAAGAUAGCGCCCCAGUACUACGACAUGCAGAAUUUCCCCAUGUGUGAGGCCAGACGUCAGCUAGAGAGAAUCAUCGCCAAAGUGCAGGCCUACGAGAACGCCUUCUAGAGGCAGGUCCCCUCUUUCAUAGACACUUUGGACUGUACAGACAUGUAGAGUACUUCACACAGAAGUGUAGAAACACAGGAGUGAUUAUCAGGCUUUUGUGUUGCCUGUAGUCAAUGCAUUGGGAUGACACCCAUUAGGGUUUACAAAAGAAGCAUAAAGAUGAUUUACGUGUAAAUCAGAUUUUUGUGGAAGUCUAUUAGUGCUUGUGUUUCCCGCUCUACCUACCACCCCCCGGCCCUCUAAAAGACCUCUAAUGUGUUUAUUGAGGUUCAUACAGACCCAGUAAAGUGCAUCACACAUGCUGCUUGUAUAUAUGAUGAAGAGCUGAAAUUCCAGAAAAGAACUUGCUGACAGGGCCAGCAGUUGGUCCAUAGAUGUGUAGAAUUGUCUUUGAGGAUAUAUUUUUUUUCAACUUUUGUAGCAUAACAAAAUCCAUCCAAUGUUCCAACAUUCAAUUUUUAUGAAUGUCCAAAACUUGCUGGUAAAACAGUUUAUCUACAUGUAUUCCCCCUGUAGUCAUACUUUUUGUUGUUUUUGGUUAGACAAUAUAGACUUACAGAUCUGUUUGAACUAAAAGUCGUCUUGUGGUACAAAGAGAGCUCAACUUAUAAUUACUGCACAUUCGAAAGGUGUAUUGAGAAGGGAGGAUAUAGAGAUGGGUUGAAGUCUGACAGUGUAGGGGGAAACAAAUUAAUGGAUGCUGAAUUUCUUCCCUCCUGAUUUCGACAGAACAUAGUGUGUAAACAUGGUAAUGAUAAGUUACAGGGAUGAAAUUUGCUAGAGGAAGUUGAGAGACAUUUUGUCAACUUGACGUGUUGACGUUGUACACAAGUAAUUGAACAGUAGAACUUGAAAGAAAAGUUAUGUUUAACUUUUUUCAAUUAUAUGAAAUAUGACAUGACAUACAGGUUUUGUCCAGCCAGUGUUUCUCAUAACGUAGCUUCAAAGAACUCUACCAUUUUAAUGACAGCUCAUUGUAAAUUAUAUCAUGCAGAAAGUUUUCUUGCAGAAAAAGAAGUAAUAAAGCAUACAAACCA